AAAGGCCUAAUUUUCAGCAACCCGUCCAUAAGUUCACAUCUCCAAAAUGUUGAAGUUCGUUGUAUUGUGCUCUCUUUUGGUGCUUGGCGUUCGCGCCUCCCCUGGAGGUGCUCCGCUCUCUGCGUGCAAUAGCAUGUCACCUAUUCAUGGGGGAUCGGCGCAAACUGGCCCAGCGCCUUAUACUGUGACUGCAACUGCUAUCGACGGCCAAACUUUUGAAGUGUCCAUCGUAGCGGACGCUGGCGUCACUUUCAGAGGAUUUUUCAUUCAGGGCCGAUCUGUCGAUACUGACAACGCCGUUGGCUCAUUUGCUGCUGCUGCAGACGCAAAGAGCAUUGACUGUUUCUCCAAUCUGGAGUCCGCCUCAACUCAAAUAGAUAAUACUGACAAGUCAUCAGUUUCUGUUAUCUGGACUGCUCCUGCUUCUGGAGAAGCGGUGAACGUUGUUGCAACCGUUGUGCAAACCUUGAACACUUUCUGGGUGAAGAUUCCGGCAACAGUCGUUUAUUAAAUUAAAACACAACAUUUGCAAAUAAACACAAAUUUCAUACCCUUUUUUGUGUUUAAUAUGAUUUUUCUAUUAAAGACAUUUGAAAAAAUCUGGUUGAAAUAAGUUGUUUUUGGAAGAAAAUGAAUGCAAAUUAAAGAUAUAUAUUGUAAUACUUGAUGUGGUCGCAAUCACAAAAACUUAGAUCGCAUACAUGCUUGAGAAUAUUUGUUUUCUCAUAAAUAAUAUUUUACGACCUCGAGUUGAAGACGAUUGUGAACCCAAAAUUUCUUCCUAAGUGGUUCUCACAAAAGAUUUGUUAAAAUAUUUCUGUUUCGUCUGGACCCUCUUACUAGAGAUAUUAUAUUGAUAAUUAUGAAAGUUUAUAUAAUUCACUCUUGAGCCAAACUCCUAAGAUUUCAAAUAGUAGUUCUCAAAAGCGAUAAAAAAAACGUGGCACUAGACACUAGACGCAUAUUGUCUUAUCUUAUAAGCUAUGCCAAAAUAUAAAAAGCCUAGUUUCUAGGAAACUAGUGAUCAUAGGUUGACACCUCCAAAAUGAUGAAGUUUGUUGCAUUGUGCUCUCUCUUGGUGCUUGGAGUUCGCGCCCUUCCUGGAGGUGCACCGAUCACGGCAUGCAAUAGCAUGGCACCUGUUCAUGGAGGAUCGGCGCAGACUGGCCCAGCGCCGUACAAUGUGUCCGCCACUGCUAUUGACGCCCAAACUGUUCAAGUGUCCAUCGUAGCAGACGCUGGUGUCACUUUCAGAGGAUUUUUCAUUCAGGGCCGUUCUGUCGAUACUGACACCGCCGUUGGCUCAUUUGCUGCUGCUGCAGACGCAAAGAGCAUUGACUGUUUCUCCAAUCUGGAGUCUGCCUCAACUCACAUAGAUAGAACUGACAAGACAUCCGUGUCUGUUAUCUGGACAGCUCCUGCUUCUGGUGAAGCGGUGAACAUUUUUGCAAGCAUUGUGCAAACCGUGGACACCUACUGGGUGAAGAUUCCAGUACCCGUCGUUUAAAAAGUAUAUUAUUGACUCCUAAAACAAACAAAAUUGUUCGUCGAUCGUUUUGUUCUACAAUUAUGCUGUUUACUAAACUUUUCAUAUUUAACAAUUUUAAAAUACAUACA